AUGGAUCGGUAUCAGCAGUAUGCAACGCGCGUCAAGUCAGAAGAUGAUGAGCUCGGUAUAUGGGUGCCCGUGAAUCAAGAGCCAGCAGAGAUCGUGCCUGCCGUUGUUCCCAAACUCGAGCCGACCGAUAAGGAACUGCUCGCUUCGUUGAAGAAACAAAGGAAGAAAGCGAGGAAGGAACAAAAGAACGAACAGGCUUCCAAAGGACAACGUCGCGGCAACGAUCAGGUCGAUCUCAAGAAGCAAAACGCCCGCCUCCGCAAAGAACUCGCAGACGCCCGCUCAACGAGACCUCAUGGCGCGCAAAGCCAUCGUAUAUUUGACCUCGAAGAGAAAUUCUUCCGAGCCUGCAAAGAGCGCGAUGAAGCUGUCGCACAGAGAAACGUGACUGCCACACAGCGACAGGAACAAGUCUUGACCAGAACGAUAAGCGACAUUAAGAUACAGAACUCUCGACUCCGCCAAGAUCUCUCUGGUGCUCAGAAGAAGAUAGCGAGCCUUACAGCGGGCGAGCGAGCGAGCUACCCGGACAAUCAGGACUCGCCGCCUCAUCAAGAAUCCGAGCCGACUGUCAACAUCAAGGGAGCGAGCACCAUAACAGCAUUGAGAGCAGAGAUAUCUGAGCUGGAGAAGCAAUUGAAGGAUGCGCUUCGCAAUGCUGAGAACGCCGAGAGAGAUGCUCGAGCAUUCAAGAAGAACAACGUCGAUGCCGAAGCUCUGGACAAACAACUUGCAGUGGAGAGGGCCAAGAACAGAGCACUUGUGAGCAAGCUGCAGAAAGCUCUUAAGAAAGAGCAGGACAAGAGUGAAGAAGCGCACACUGGCUCCCGCGAGGUCAAUGACAUGGAGAUUGGCAUGGCAGGCUGGCCCGGUAGUCGUGGUCUACCGACUAGGCAGCAAGUCAAGGUUGAAGAUGAGGAUAUGGAGUUGGAGGACGGAGAAUAG